GAACACAUCGUAAGGGGAAGGGAAGGGCGGAGGAGAGGCACGCCAGGUUCAUCUUUGUACGUGUGAAUGCAUUUGCAGCCUUAAUUCCACUCCACAGACAGCGAAUGUUCGGCCUGGUAGUGCCGAAGCGUCCCCUCCACACGUCGUUCGUGCAGGAGGGAGAGACCCGCUGGACCACAGACAUCCCCAGUCCCCACUCCAUCGCCGAGUUCGUGAUCUUCCUCAUGCGAGCGCUUCCCAGCGACAGCCUCGGCGUGGGUGUCUACUGGAGCUUCCCGCCCUUCUCGUCGUGGGAGUUCAUCGGUGUGCUAACCAACAGUCAGCCGAGUGAGCUGUUCGACACCGGCUGGGCUCUGAACCCAGAGGUGCGGGGGGUGCCGGUGGUGCGGCUGGGUCUGUCUGUUGAGGAGGCCGGGCCGCUGCUGGAGAAGCUGCAGACCAAGCCGCCACUCGACACUAAGCGGGAGUUCGCGCAGAAGGUGGCGUUGAAUCUGUACCGGUUUAUUGAGUCGUUCAACCAGGGCAUGUCGGACGUGAUACAGUGCCCGCAGGACGUGCUCGACAGGUGGUACAGGCGGUUCGAGUCCCGUGCUGCUGUCGACCCACUGUUCGUCAUGCGCACUGAGUGACGGCAGAGGAGGGAGGGUGUGGUGUGCGUGCAGCUGUGUAGGGGGCGUGCCUGGCCUGGCUGGUAGAUCCGAUGUCCGUGACGCGCACACAGUGACGAGGGAGGCAGACACAGACAUAGAUAGAUAGACAGACAGACAGACGUGUGUGGGCGGGUCUCGUCGGGUCGGGUCGGGUGGGUAUGUGGAGAGGUGGACCGACACCUGACUGACCUUUUAUAUCCUGUGCGCAUCGUGUGCGUGUGCAUGCGCCUGUAGAUAGAUAGCCCCGUAAUGAAUGGCCUUCUCGUUCGUUCGGACCGAACCAAUGCUCGUCUCGCAUCGGUGAUGACUCUCAAUGUCCUCGUGAGUAUGUAUCCCUGA